AUGAUAAGGUCCACAUAUAUUUUUAGUAGAAUAUUGUUUAGGAACAGUAAUGAAAAAAGAAAAAAUUUAAAUAUGACACAUGGUGUAUUUUUAUAUACACAUAACAUACAUUCGUGCUUUUAUAAAAAAAUACAUACAAAUGUUCAUUCACAAGAAAUAAAAAAUGAUGCUACAAUAAAUAUGAACAACAACAACAACAACAACAACAAUAAUAAUAAUAAUAGUAAUAAUAAUAAUAAUGAUGAAAAAAAAAAAAAAAAAAUUUAUUCCUUAAAAAAUGUUUUUGCAGUAAGUAUUUUAUUUCUUUAUGGAUCAUAUGAAUGCAUAAAUGUCUUACAGCAUAAUGAGGAUAUUCAAAGAAAAGUAAAAAUAUAUCCUAGUUUAUAUAAUAUUAUAGAUAAGAAAAUUAUUCCUCUUAAAAUUAAAUAUGACAAAAUGAUUAUACAUUUUAAAACAUAUAUACUAGAGCAUAUAAAAAACCUUCAAAAGGUAAAUGAUUAUUUUAUUCAAGUAUAUUUUCUCGUUCUAAAAUAUUAUAAUAAUUUAAAACAUCUAAUUAUUAUUAAAAUAACGUAUUUUUUAGAUUUAUUGGAAAGAUGCACAAAAAUAAUUAGGGGACAAGAAAGUAAUCAUAUGGUCAAGAAAAUUAAAGAGAAUGCUGAAAAAAAUAUAAACGAAGAAAUAGAUGAACAAUACAAUGGACAUAAGAACAAUGAUGAAUGUAACUCUAGAAAUAAUAAUGAAACUAUUUAUAUACAAAAUCAUUCGAGGGAUAAAGGAAUUCAAUCCACACCUCAAAAAGAUGAUAUAGAAUAUCAUGUCGAUUUUGAUGCAUCAGAAAAAGGAGAAGAAAAAUAUAUAUGUAAUAAUCAUUCUAUUGAUAAUACAAGGAAUAUUAUUUUAGAAGUCGAUGAUAAAUAUUUACAAGAUGGUUUACGAGAUGUCGUGGAUAUAUUAGACAAUCCAAAUUUAUUACAUAUAAAAGAUGUAGAAUAUAAUAAAGAAAUAAAACCACAUAAUAUCCAUGAUAAUGUUAAUACAAGUAAUUAUGUUACAAAUUUGGAUCUUUAUGAAUAUAAUAUGAAUAAGGAAAAUUAUCCGAUGUUUAAUCAACCGACAGAAAAAAAUAUAGAGCAAGAAAAAAUAAAUGUACAUAAAGAUGAUGAAAUAUUUGGAGAUAAAAAAAAUUGUGAACAUUUUGGAGAUGACGAAAUAUAUGAAGAUAAAAAAAAUUGUGAACAUUUUGGAGAUGACGAAAUAUAUGAAGAUAAAAAAAAUUGUGAACAUUUUGGAAAUCACAAAAUAUAUGAAGAUAAAAAAAAUUGUGAACAUUUUGGAGAUCACAAAAUAUAUGAAGAUAAAAAAAAUUGUGAACAUUUUGGAGAUGAUGAUAAUUCCAAUAUAAUAUACAUAUCUCAAGACAAAAUGAAUAAAAAUAUAGAUUGCCAAGAUAGUACGAAUUAUACAUUAAAGGAUAGAGAAAAAAAAAAUCUACACACAGUAGAACAAGAAAUAAAUCAAAAGGAUAACAAUGAUGAAAAUGUAUAUGUUGAAAAGUUGGAUAAAAAUAUUUAUGAAGAGAUGAAUAAUAAAUAUGUGAAGAUUGACAAAGAUACUUAUGAAAUAAAUGAAAAGGAUAAAGAUAAAAACCUAUGGUAUAAUAAUCAAUUUAUAGAUGAUGUAAAUUUAAUUCAAUCAAUUGAUGUAGAGAAAAAAUGUCCCAUUAUAUAUUCUGAAGAAACCAAACAAAAAAACAAUAAAAUGCUUAGAAAUGAUAAGGAAGAAAUUCCCGAUAUUGUUAAUAAAAAUAUAAGUAACCAUGAUGAGCCUUAUAAUAUAGAGAGUAAUAAUUUUGUGAACUACAAUAUGAAGUAUAUAAAAGAAGAAAAAUAUAAAGAAAGAAAAAAAAAAAAAAAAUAUAAAAAGGAAAAGAACAAAAAAGGAAAAAAAAUUAGACCCGUACAAAAGGAUAGUAACACAAUUUUUCUAAGAACUAAUAAUAAUGAAUCGAGGAAAUAUAAUAUAAUACAAAAUAUGCUAUUAUAUAAUGAUAAACAUUUUAAUAAGAUAUUUGACAAAACAGUGAAAGAGUUUGAAGUUAAAAUAGACAAAUUAAAUGAAGAAGAAUUAAAAAAUAAAAUUACACAAAUGUUUGUAAAAGAAUUAGUUUCUGAAAAGUAUAAUGAUAUUUUAUUAGAAGAAGAAAAAGGAACAUUAAAAAAAGUACUAACUAUAAAAUAUAAAAAUAUAUUUUUAAAAAAACAAAAGAAAUAUCAAAAAUAUAUAAAACGAUUCUUGUUAAAAAAAUUAAAAAAAGAUGAAAAGAUAUUAAAAGAAAAUUAUGAGAAAGAAAAAGAAAAGUUUCAAAAAUAUUUAAUGAAUAUUAAAAAUGAAGAAUUAGAAAAAGAGAAAAACAAAAUUCAACAACAAUAUAAAUUAUUACAAGAAAAUUAUUUUAAAAAAAUGAAUAUAUAUAUAUCGCAUAUUAAUAAUAUAAAAGAUAUAUUUACAAAUGAAAUAAAGAACAAAUUUAAUUUAGAAAAUAUUAGUAAUAUACAAAAUAAAUUAGUAAAUCUACAAAAUUGUAUAAUUCAUGAUAUAUCUAUUGAACAUAUAUUAAUAGAAUUAAAAAAAGACUUACAAAAAGAUAUAUAUUUAAAUAAACUCUUUCAAAUAUUACCUAAGAAUUUUUUUUCUCAUAUAUUUAAGCCAACAAAUAAUAAUGAAAAAUUAAAAAAAGAAUUUUAUAGCUUAUAUGAAGAAUGUGUUCAACAAGCUUUUCUAAAUAAAGACGAUAAUUAUUUUAAACAGAUCUUAGGGAAAAUGAUGUCUUCUAUUUAUAUUAAAUAUGAAUCUACCUUACAUAAUAUUCUUAUUCGUUCAUCUAAAAAUAAUAUUUUAAAAAACAACUUAUUGAAUCUAUCAUAUGCUUUAAGUAGUAUACAGCAAAAUAAAUUAAUUGAUGCCUUGAGAUAUACAAACGAAUUAACAGGAAAUUGUAAGGAAAUAUUUUUUCCUUUUAAUGAACAUAUAAAAAAUGUUAUCUUGUUUAAAUUUUAUCUUAGGUUAGUUGUCUCAAGGAUAAUGCUUGCUAGUAAAACAUUGACAUUGUGUGAGUAA